AUCGGAGGCGGUUGGAUGAUCCGGGUCUUUCAAGUUCCUCCUUUCACGUGACCGGCGCUGCUUUCGCCUGGGAGCGAUGGAGGAAUAUGCCCGGGAACCCUGCCCAUGGCGGAUUGUGGAUGAUUGUGGUGGUGCCUUCACCAUGGGCAUGAUUGGUGGGGGUGUCUUCCAGGCUGUGAAAGGCUUCCGCAAUGCUCCAGUGGGGGUCAAGCAUCGAUUCAGAGGCAGUAUUAAUGCUAUCAGGGUCAGAGCACCACAGAUUGGAGGCAGCUUUGCUGUGUGGGGUGGGCUCUUCUCCACCAUCGACUGUGGCCUGGUGAAGAUGCGGGGAAAGGAGGAUCCUUGGAACUCCAUCACCAGCGGAGCACUCACUGGGGCUGUGUUAGCAUCUCGGAGUGGGCCCCUGGCCAUGGUUGGGUCAGCCAUGAUGGGAGGCAUCUUGCUUGCUCUGAUAGAAGGCGUCGGGAUUUUGCUGACGAGGUACACAGCCCAGCAGUUCCAGAAUCCCAACCCCUUUGGAGAAGAUCCCAGCCAGCUGCCUCCCAAGGACGGCUCACCGCCAACAGGAUAUCCAGGCUAUGGACACUAUCAGUGAAGCAGUUGUGAAUCGAGAAUCUUUCUGAAGUUUGCAGGGACUGAACAGGAUUUUCCCCUCGAAACUCCUUGAGACUUUCACCCAGCAGCAGAAAUAAGCAAACAAAGCCCGCAAUGGAUGUGCUUCCUAGAAUUUUCCUUAGGAGAGAAGAAGCAGGGGAAAGGAUUAGAGGAUUUAUGAAAUAUCUACCUCUCUGGGGUUAGGGAACAUCUUGGGCCAGUGAAGCGAUGCACCUCAUGAUCAGUUCUAUGCAAGAACUUAUCCAGCAACGAUUCCCAAAUAAUUUCUCAUCUUGUAAGUCCCAGAGUAUGGUAAUGGUUCAUUGACUGUAACAAAGAACUUUUUAAAGGGC